AUGCUUCAACAUAGUGAUGAUGAAUGGAGUGCUGUCUCUCACUCUUACUUGUUUCAACAUUUACUUCCGAGAAGAAGAGAAAUUUUAAAAUAUAUUCAUGAAUGGAGAAAGGCAGAGAUGAUUCAUGAUUAUAACCAUACUAAUAAUGAAAAAUUUUCACCGAUAAAAAAACGAAUGGAAGAAAUUUGUAAAUUUUGGAGUACGAAAUUCAUUUCUUCUGAUACUUUUAAAAACCCAUUAAUUAUUGUUCAAGAAAUUAUGAAAAUAAUUUUGGAGUUUUUAAAUGAAUUUUCUUUCUUGUUUACGUUUGUCAAUUCACAAAAUGGAGAUGCCUAUAACUCGAAAAACGUACAAUCAGCUUCAGAGAGUAAUAAUUCUGAGAGUGAAGGCGACAAUCAUUUGCUUUAUUUUCUAUGGAAAGAUAACUAUUCAAAUAGAGUUCCCAAAGAAUGGAGAGACUUUUUAGAGAAAUGUUCGGACAUGCAUUUAAUAGAGUUGAUGAAUUACACGCAACAAGAAGAAGAUUACAAUGAAGUCCAUCUCAAUAACAUAAUACAAUUGUACUCCUCGGAUAAGAUGCCUCUAUCGUUUAGACGAUUUGUUCUCGGAUGCAAACUAUUGCGAUUUCACAAAGUAAUAUUACCGAACGUCAAAGAAAUUGUGCAAUAUUUGAAAACAGAAGAAACAACAAAAGAUUGUAUCAAUGAUUCCAACACCUCUACAACAAAUUUUCAACUUUCCUCUUGCGAAUGGCAGAACACAGAACUCUCUCGACACAUGUCACCAAAAAAAAUUCAUGAAAUCGAGAGAUUGGCAGAAUUUAUUAGCACGUUUUCACAUCAUACUUUUCCCUCAAAAAUGUCUCACAACAAAUAUGAUGAAAUCAUGCACUGCAGCAUACCUACCAUCCUUGAUAUUGGCUCAGGUAAAGGCUAUCUUUCACAUGUUCUCUUUGCCAAGUAUGGUCUUAAUGUCAUUGCGAUAGAUCGUAAUGAUCAUUUAGUUCAAAAAAUUCAAGAAAAAUCAAAAAAAUUUGAAAAAUCAACUAAAGUCCUACCAAACCAAAAGAAACAACAGAAAAAUCAACUCAAAGCAAUAUCUUCCCACUUGGAAUGUAAUAGAGAACAAUUGUCAAAAAUGGUCAACCAAAUGCUAGAAACCACACUCUCUAUUCAGUGUGAUGACGAUAGCAUUGUUGGAAAUAAUUGCAUCGUCGGUUUACAUACUUGUGGAGAUUUAACACCUAUUCUUUGUGACAUGUAUGUGAACGAUGUGAUUUAUACCAAACAGAACAAGUCACUCAUUCAUUCUUUGGUGAAUGUUGGUUGUUGUUAUCACAAACUCACAGAAAAAUAUCGUGUAAGAGGAGGUACUGAUCCAUGUCACGACACGGUUGAGUCUUCUCAAGUAUCAACUCACUUCCAAGGCUUUCCUCUAACAUCAUUUGUCGAAGACUAUGUGACAUGCAAUUUGAAGGGUUUUCAAUUGACACGUUCUGGAUUAAUUCUUGGAUGUACUGAAAACAAUAUUUGGAGUACGAACGAGGGUUAUGGAAAUGAACCACCUCGAAAGAGCCCAUACAAAGUCCAAGAAUACUGGAAAAGAAAUGCUUUUCGAUGUGCCAUGGAAUAUUUCUUACAUGAGUAUGUGGAAAAGAAAGAAAUUCCUUCAACGAUUCUUCGACCUGUUGUUUAUAGUUUUGGAAGUAUUUCGGACAACAAUUUGAAAAGUUCAUCAGUGCAUAACAACGGCCAAGAUGAAGAUACAGAUUUCUCAAAAUAUGCAAUUAGUGUAUUAAUGCGAUUGCAUCAAACAAAAACUCUUGAUACAUCUCUUCAUGAACAAGAAAUCAUUGAAAUGACCAGUAAGCAACAUUUUGAAACAUCUUUCAAACAAAAAUUGAACAAUUUCUAUUACCAAACAUGCAAUGGCAAUCGUGAGACCUCUCAAAUUAAGAGUGUUGACAUUUUUUGGACUCUUCGAAGUAUGUUAGGCCCUGUCAUUGAGUGCUUAAUACUAUUAGAUCGAUAUUUAUUUUUGAGUGGAGAAUCGAGUGGUGUACAAGCAGAUUUAGUUCAAUUAUUUGAUGAAGACAUUUCUCCUCGAGGAAUUGCCUUAUUUGCCUAUAAAAAGAAAGAAAAUUAA